GCCUCGAAAGACGCGCGUCGCCGUCGCAGCGCGUCGGCCGGUCGCCGAAGAAGAAGACACGAUUUUUCAUUGGACCAUCGCAAGCGUCACACGUCGUUUUUUGGCGUCGCGACGACCAUGCGACGAUCGCGAAAUUUUCGUUCGCGGAAAAUUAAUUUUUUCGGCCGCGUAUUUUUAUUAUUUUUGGAUCGUUUUUGUGAUGAUGUGCUAUUAGCGAUCAAAUGGAGAAAACACACAAUUGCCACACUGCCAGUAUUGUUCCUGAUCCUCCUGCUGGGUCCUUGUGGGGGUGCAAUCGGUUUUACAGAAGAAACUUUAACACCCUGUCCGGUUUUUGGUCAGGACAAGUGCCGUUGCACCCCCGAUUUGCACGAGUUCCAGUGCCACGGAGCGGGAUUCACCGAAAUUCCCGACCUGCCGUAUUCCAUUAAUAAAUUAGAUUUAAGCAGCAACAACAUAACAGGCCUAAACGAGACGUCCCUCUGGCAUUACGCAAAUCUCGAAGAACUAAUCUUGUCCGAUAAUAAGCUGGAGAGUAUUCAUUCCAAAUCGUUUGCCAAAAAUACUCAACUGAAAAGACUGAUUUUACAAAACUGCGCCCUCAAGCAUAUUCCAUCCGAAGCACUGAUACCCUUAGUAAAACUGCAAACACUGAACUUGGCCAACAACCAAAUAGCAUCGAUAAACGCUGGAUCGUUUCCCGUGAUGAACAAUAUUUUAAUUUUAUUGCUGAAAAGAAAUCAAAUUUUGGACAUCGAAGAAACGGCAUUCAUCCCUUUGCAAUCUCUACGAAUUUUAGAGCUGGAUGACAACUUUUUGACGCAAAUUCCUCUGGCUAUCACGAAACUUCCAGACCUUCAAGAGUUGUCAAUUUCAGGCAACAGAAUCAAGUACAUCGCAGGAGGCCUAUUGCAACAAACCCCAGCCUUAGCCUUACUAGAACUAAAAGGAAAUCCACUUGUGGCCGUCGAUUCCCACGCAUUUUCCCAUUUGCCACGUCUACGAAAGCUGAUUCUAUCGGACGCAAAGGAAUUGUCAACGUUUCCCAACCUGAACGGCACCGGAGCUCUGGAAAUAUUGAGAUUAGAUAGAGCAGGCCUUACCCAUGUUCCAGCUUUACUUUGUAAUUUUUGUCCUAAACUUAAAAGCCUAGACGUUAAAUCCAAUAAAUUGGAUCGGGUGCCGGAUUUGAGCGAUUGCCGCGAAAUGAGGGUAUUAGAUUUGGCAAGCAAUUCAAUUAGAUCCGUCGAGGGAAAACCGUUCCAGGGCAUGUACCAAAUGCACGAUUUGUUAUUGGCUCACAACCGGAUCCAAUAUAUUCCGCACGAUGCUUUUUACAAUUUGUCGAAGUUACAAUUUUUGGAUAUGGAAAAUAAUCAAAUUUCUUUUAUACAUCAAGAUGCUUUUCUUUCAAUAUCGAAAAUUGAAGACUUAAAUCUAGGAAACAACGUGUUUCCCCACUUACCAUCCGCAGGCCUGGAAAAGUUACUGCACCUAAAAACCUUCAACAACCCGAAUCUUCGAGAAUUUCCACCGCCAGAAGACUUUCCCAGAAUUCAAAGCCUCGUCUUGUCAUACGCUUACCAUUGCUGCGCCUUUCUACCACUCAUACCGUCACACCCGCCUCCGGUAGCAAAAGACAUAAUCGUAUUUCCCGAUAUCGACGAUAUCGAUUUGAAUAUUUGGAAUAGUUCCGUGGAUCUUUGGCCGUCGCAGCAAAACAUCACGAAAAGUUUCGGGAGUAAGUUCGAAGCCAUUUGGGAGAACAUCCGAUCGGAUUUCACGUAUCCCGGAAACUUUCCAUCGUACAUGGAAGAGUACAUUUCCGAAGAAGACCUUCCCGUUCGUUUUCCAGGAGAUAGUUUACUUACAGAAAUCCCAGGAAAAAUCCAAUGCCUACCACUACCAGGACCAUUUUUACCUUGCCAAGACCUUUUUGAUUGGUGGACUUUGAGAUGCGGCGUCUGGAUAGUUUUCUUGUGCGCCCUUCUAGGAAACGGCACCGUAGUUUUUGUGCUGAUAUUUUCCAGGAGCAAAAUGGAUGUUCCUAAAUUUUUGGUUUGCAAUUUGGCAGCAGCGGAUUUCUUUAUGGGGAUCUAUUUAGGAUUCCUGGCAGUAGUCGACGCCUCAACCCUCGGCGAAUUCAGGAUGUACGCGAUCCCCUGGCAAAUGUCGCCCGGCUGUCAAUUAGCCGGAUUUCUCGGAGUUCUCAGCUCCGAAUUGAGCGUGUACACCCUGGCAGUGAUUACUCUGGAACGUAACUACGCCAUCACUCACGCUAUGCACUUGAACAAACGGUUAUCUCUUCGGCACGCCGGCUACAUCAUGAUUUGCGGUUGGGGCUUCGCCAUAGUGAUGGCCAUCAUGCCGCUGUUUAGCAUUUCGGAUUACCGCAAGUUCGCCGUGUGUCUGCCUUUCGAGAUAAAAGACGUGCCAAGUUUGACUUAUGUGGUUUUUCUUAUGUUAAUAAACGGAGUAGCUUUUUUGAUUUUGAUGGGGUGCUACUUGAAAAUGUACUGCGCUAUUAGGGGAUCGCAAGCUUGGAACUCAAACGAUUCACGUAUAGCUAAAAGAAUGGCACUUUUAGUGUUUACAGACUUUUUGUGUUGGUCUCCUAUAGCGUUUUUUUCGUUGACAGCCUCAUUUGGUUUACAACUUAUAAGCUUAGAACAAGCCAAAGUUUUUACAGUGUUUGUCUUACCUUUAAACUCCUGCUGCAACCCAUUUCUAUACGCAAUACUAACAAAACAAUUUAAAAAAGAUUGCGUAAUGAUUUGCAAAGCUAUAGAAGAAAGUCGAGUUACUAGAGGCAUAGGACGGUGCAGGCACAGUUCCAACUUUAGCAAUAGACAAACUCCGGCAAACACCAACAGCUUGGCCGAUAGAUCUUCAAGAGAAAAUCAGAAUCAUCAAAUUCCACAGUGCACGUGCAAUACCAAGUUGUUGGGUGACAAAACCAAGAAACCAAAACCACCUCCGAGGCUGGAACGACAACCGAGUACCAGGGAAUGGUUGCUGGGCAAAGCGCGAUGGUUGCUGUGCGUCAGAAGACCACCUAGACGACCGCAAAACAAUGCGUAUACUUAUCAGAUUGCUGAAAUUCAGCAGAAGCAACACAAAAGGGCUUCGUCGAUGUCUUCUAGUGAAAAUUUUAGCUCUUCAAGAUCCGAUUCUUGGAGAAACAACCCGCACAACUGCGGCAUCCCCUUGCGCAUGCUAGACCCAAAACGAAGAGCCUCGUCGUGGGUGGUUACCCGCAAAACCUCCCAAGACUCAAACUUGUCCAGUUCCCGAAACGAUUCUUCGGGUUCCGCAACGACAGCGAGCACUAGCACAUGGAGAAUGUCCAGAUCCAGCGCUUCCAGCGAACCAUCUAGAAUAAUCCGGGUCAAACCAAGACUGACACGACAGUACGCUUUCCAUGACGAUCUGGAUCCACCUGGAUCGCCAGGAAGAUUAACAGUUCGUUUUUUGACUACAAUUCCUUCAGCUGCCGAAACUAGUAUGCUGGAAGAAGAACCACAAUCCAGUUCCGGAGUGAGUCCAGCCAAAGAAAACGAGCCGGGGCCGUUUUUCGCAAUCCUGCACAGUCCUGUGCCUCCUGUGGUUACGACUCCUGUUCGAAGGCAGUCAAUAAUAACUUUGCACCCUGUUUCGGAGGUUUUAAACAAUAAUAGUGAUAGUAAAGAAAUUUGUAUUAAUGGUAAUAGACGGAGUAGUUGUGGUAAUAGUAUAGUAGGCAAUAGUGGUACUAGUGGUACUAGUCGUUUGGUUGGCCAAUCGGAACGGCCGGGGCCUUCCAGCUGACAAUAGGAGUAUUUAAUGUAAAAUUUCGUGGUGCUGAAACUGUAUUUUUGCAAGGUGAUACCUAUACACUUAUUUAUUGUCUGAUGAUGUAUUUAUUUGAAUGUUAUUUAUUUUGAGAUUUAUAGAGGGUAUUUUCAUAGAUUAUUAGUGUAAUAUUGCUAGAAGUUUCUUUGAAAAUCAAUUGCUUGAAUCAUAUUUUCACAAUAUUGUCACAACUGCCCGCUUUACGGGGCUGACAUGGGGGGUUUGUAGCUUUGGGGGUUGAUGGAGAGAAACUUGCUCAGGUUAUAUAAAGAUAUAGAUAUAUAUUUUCCCAAAUAUGCCCUUACAUGUACGCUAAUCCUAUGAGAUGCAUGACCUUUCGAACACUGGGGUCCUUAUAGGGAGCCACACGUCAAUGCUGCUUGGAGGACUGUAGAUUAGUUUAUCGUCACCCUUAUGCCUUGUCCAGAGGGGCUUUCCCAAUGAGAGGUAAUUGCACUGGACAACGAUAAGGCUGAAGAUACCCAGAGAGGCUUUCCCAACGAGAGGUACUUGCACUGGGGAGACUUAAUUCCAGAGGGGCUUUUCCAACGAGAGGUACUUGCACUGGUUUAAGUCUGCCUUUGCUGCGGCUUGCAGCGCAAUUUAUAUUAAUUUAUUGCUGAAUUGCAAUAAACAUCCGAUCGAAUCGGCAAUUAAAUUGAUAGGGUUAAAUACCGGGUCCUCCUUUCCCAAGCAGCUAGUUGACAAUAUCAUCAAUUUCCUAGAUAUAGGUACUUAACAAUUUUUCCUUAUUUUCACUAAAUUAUAACUCUAACAUUAUAUUACUGCUCUAUAAAUGUCCAAAAUAAGAAAAAAGUUUCAAGCAAUUGCUUUGAAGAGAUUUUCAUACAUAUAGCAUAAGUUUUUGUACAUAAUAGUUUUGUAUUUAUUUAUUUAUUUAUUUUUUUCUAUUUUAGUAUAAAUAAAUAAAAAAGCUUCUAAGCUAAAAGUAAUAAAUAAAAGACUUUACGGUGAUAAUACUGGUAAUAUUAAAAGACUAUUUCCUGAAAAUAAUAUAUAAUAUUGUAUAAAUUAAGUAAAGUUCAAUAUAUUAUUGUAGAAGAAAAAAGUUUCAAUACUUAUAGUUAAUAAAAAUAAAUAAAUUUAACAGAAAUUA